UUCCCCUUCACGCUGAUGCAUGGGGGAAGCUCUCCAGAUGCAACUCGGACACAAGUUGAGAAGAGAACAAGGAACAACGGAUCUGAGCGCUCUCCAGCCAUGGGUUCUUUACUACACUGUUUAGCCUUUCUGUUUCUCUAUGCAUCAAACGCUUGCGGUUCCAACAUAUGCACAUCUCAUGGCGUCACCACUUGUCAACAAUGCCUUGUUGUUCACUCUAGCUGUGCAUGGUGCUCACAGGAGGAAUUUGGGAUGGGAAAAUCCAGUUUAUCUCGCUGCGACCUCAAAGAAAACCUAAAUAAAGAAGGGUGCAGUGCAGCAGCUAUAGAGUUUCCCUCCAGCACCUUUAAAAUUCUGAAGGAUAAUCCUCUGAGUGACAAGGCUUCAAAUGCGGCCGAUGUAACUCAAAUCAGGCCUCAGAAACUCCACAUGACAUUAAGACUGGGUGAUACCAUGCGUUUCAAGGUGAGUGUGAAACAGGUGGAAGAUUACCCCGUGGAUCUCUACUACUUGAUGGAUCUCUCAAAUUCAAUGGAAGAUGACCUUUUCCGCUUGCAAACCUUGGGCAACAAGCUAGCUGAGACCAUGGGCAAAACAACCAGUAAUCUACGCAUGGGAUUUGGAGCAUUUGUGGACAAGACCGUGUCCCCAUAUAUGUACACUUACCCUCCAGAAGCUGUUCUUAACCCUUGUUUUAGAUCGGCAAAUCCAUGCCAGCCCCAGUUUAGCUUCAAGAAUGUGUUGUCACUGACAGAGAAAGUGUCUCGCUUCACUGAGGAGGUGGUUAAACAGAAGGUGUCCAAGAAUAGGGAUAGUCCUGAGGGUGGAUUUGAUGCUAUCAUGCAAGCAAUAGUGUGCAAGGAGAAGAUUGGGUGGCGUCCAGAUGCUUCACAUCUUCUGUUGUUGACUACUGAUGCCAUAAGUCACUUCGCCCUGGAUGGACGCAUAGCUGGCAUUGUCCAGCCCAAUGAUGGCGAAUGUUACCUCGACACUGACAAUAAUUACAAAAAAUCAACUGUUCUGGACUAUCCUUCCUUGGGGCUUAUAACAGAAAAGAUGUCUGAAAACAACAUCAAUUUAAUUUUUGCCGUGACAAGGCAUGUUGUGCCCAUUUACCAGAAUUAUAGCCAACUGAUUCCAGGCACAACUGUGGGAAUGCUGUCUGAUGACUCUGGGAAUGUUAUUCAGCUGAUUCAGGAAGCUUAUGCGAAAAUUCGGUCUAAAGUGGAGCUGGAACUUUUGGGAGUCCCAGAUGAGUUGAAUCUUUCAUUUAACGCCACUUGCUUCGAUGGAAAGAUCAUUCAUGGACUCAAGUCCUGCUCUGGUUUGAAGAUCGGGGACACGGUGUCUUUUAGUGUCGAAGCUCAGCUGCGCAAAUGCCCCAAAGAGAAAAGCCGCACAUUUACCAUCAAGCCUCAGGGCUUCAAGGAUUCGCUGGAGGUUAUAGUAGACUUUGCUUGUAGCUGCAACUGUGAGGCCAAGGCAGUACCUGAUAGUCCAGUGUGCAGCAACGGCAAUGGGACCUACGAGUGUGGGGUUUGCCAGUGUCACAAGGGUCGACUGGGUCCACGGUGUGAGUGCUCACUGGAGGAAUACAGUCCAUCUGACGAUGCCAACUGCAUCUCAAAACCAGACAGCCCAGUAUGCAGUGGAAGAGGAGACUGCUUAUGUGGACAGUGCUCCUGUCACUCAACUGGUUUUGGUCAGAUCUGGGGAAAGUACUGUGAAUGUGACAAUUUCAACUGCUUGCGCUUCAAAGGAGCUCUUUGCUCUGAUCAUGGGAAGUGUAACUGUGGGUUCUGCCAGUGCGACGCUGGCUGGAAAGGAGAAAAAUGUAACUGCACCACCCGCACAGACACAUGCGUGUCCAGCUUGGGGCUGUUGUGCAGUGGCCGGGGUAACUGUGAGUGCGGGGUUUGUCAGUGCACUCAACCCGGUGCCUACGGAGAUACCUGUGAGAAGUGCCCCACCUGCCCUGACUCCUGCACUAUAAAGAAGCAGUGUGUCGAGUGUCAGCACUUCAAGAGAGGACAGUAUAUCAGUGACAACAGCUGCAACAGAAUCUGCAAAAAUGAAAUAAGAAUUGUGGACAAGUUAAGUAAGAAAAUGGAUGAGAACUCUGAAUUCCAAGAAGGCAAAGCGGUGAACUGCUCCUACAAAGAUGAAAAUGACUGCAUUGUGCACUUCCAGUAUUCUGAAAAUAUAAUUGGCAAAUCUGUCUUGUAUGUGGUGAAAGAGCCAGAGUGUCCCCAAGGUCCUGACAUCCUAGUGGCGCUCCUGUCAGUGGCCGGAGCCAUUCUGCUCUUGGGUCUCGUUGGCUUGCUCAUUUGGAAGCUGCUGGUUACCAUCUAUGAUCGCAGAGAGUUUGCCAAGUUUGAGGAGGAGAGAGCCAAAGCCAAAUGGGAUGCGGGUAACAAUCCUUUGUACAAAGGAGCCACCUCCACUUUUACCAAUGUAGCAUACAGAGGAAACUAACGGCUAAAUGCAGGAAGGAAAAAGCUCAGGGGUUUGGCGACACUGAUAGAAUGUAGCUGCACUGAUAGUGAUGGAAGAAGAUCUAUUACACUGUCAUUAGACCAGCUACUGAUGCAGAAAGGUAGUUGUGGUUGUCAACACUUCAAUGUGAGGAUUGUGGAUAAUGUAAAAUAUUACAAAACUGUUAGUAUGAGUCCCAGGCUGCUCGCUCUAAGGCUUUAAGUGUCUACGAGGGUGUGUUUCUACAUUUCGUAUGUGGAUUGAAUUAAAUUCUGAUUUUCAGUUUCCACUUAAGACAACAGAUUUUUAAAUCUUCCAGUUUGUGUUUUUGUUGACAGCUUCUCCAACUCUACUUUUGGUGUUGAGAUUUUUUGUAUUCAUUUCCUACUUCUAUUGUGAAAACCUUUGUCGGGGAAACUGAAUGUAAAACAACUAUAACUAAUUAUUGAACCUUUUUUGUUGCUGCAGAUUUACAAUGAUAUCAGGGGUCAGGAUUGUAUUGGAAAUACAAACCCGCUGUAGACUAAUAUGUAUUAUGCACAAACUGUUUUUUGUUUUAGGCUUAUUUUGUUGCUUUUUAUAUUGUGUUUUUGUUUUGCAUUUGCACAGAUGUGCUGCAUGGCACUGGACAAAGCCAUAUUGUAUAGACUUUUAGGGAAUUUUAAAAUAAUUUUAGAGUUUACAUUUAGAUAGCAUUUGGGUGAUAUAAAUGGGAGAUAAUGUUACAAACUGUGGUGCCUUUUGGUUUUACUGCUCUCUGUCUUUUGAACUGUGCAAUCCACUAUCUCACAAUUGCCUGUCAAGUUUUUUUUGUUACAGUGGGCAAACUUAUUACACCUGACCUCAAUAACAUUUUUGACUCAUGAUGUUUUCCUUCCAAAAUGUCAGAGCCAUUUUUUUAAGAUCAAAUCCCAGAUAUUGUUUAGGAUCCAUAUUUCUGAAGUACAGCAAUAAGCAACUUCUUAGCACAGAAAUAGUCUGACUCUGUAUGUUUACUUAAUUCCAAUAAACAUUUUGGGAAAUUCA